GCCCGCGGCAGGCGGAAGUGUGCGUCCCGGGGCGGCUGCGGAGUCGGCCUGAGGGGUGCCUAGUUGGCGCCGGCGGCUCUUCCGGGUCUGGGUGCGGGGACGCAGAGGCGGCCGGCGGGAGUGAGCGGAGGACGAUGACAUGAAGCGGCCACGGGGUCUGGCGCGGCCCGGAGGUUGACUGUCCCCGCCGCCUUCCCGCAAGGCCGCCUCCUCCAGGCAGCCUCCCGUCUCCCUCAGGGCCUCGCACCCGGGCUCCCGGGUCCCAGACCGCGCGCCAUGACCGCGGCCGCCGCCUCCAACUGGGGGCUGAUCAUGAACGUAGUGAACAGCAUCGUCGGGGUCAGCGUCCUCAGCGUCCCUUUUCCUCUCAUCCCUCAGUGUGGCAUCGUCCUGGGGGCCCUGCUCUUGGUUUUCUGCUCUUGGAUGACGCACCAGUCCUGCAUGUUCUUGGUGAAAUCCGCCAGCCUGAGCAAACGGAGAACCUACGCCGGCCUGGCGCUGCUCGCCUACGGAAGAGCCGGGAAGGUGCUGGUGGAGACCAGCAUGAUCGGGCUGAUGCUGGGGACCUGCAUUGCCUUCUACGUUGUCAUUGGUGACUUGGGGUCCAACUUCUUUGCUCGGCUGUUUGGGUUUCAGGUGACUGGCACCUUCCGUGUGCUCCUGCUCUUCGCGGUGUCCCUGUGCAUGGUGCUCCCGCUGAGCCUGCAGCGGAACAUGAUGGCCUCCAUCCAGUCCUUCAGCGCCAUGGCCCUCAUCUUCUACACCAUGUUCAUGUUUGUGAUCCUGUUGUCUUCGCUCAAGCACGACCUCUUUGGGGGACAGUGGCUCCACCGCGUCAGCUAUGUCCGCUGGGAGGGCGUCUUCCGCUGCAUCCCCAUCUUUGGCAUGUCCUUCGCCUGCCAGUCCCAGGUUCUGCCCACCUACGACAGUCUGGAUGAGCCGUCGGUGAAAACCAUGAGCUCCAUAUUCGCAUCCUCCCUCAACGUGGUCACCACCUUCUACGUCAUGGUGGGGUUCUUUGGCUACGUGAGCUUCACCGAGGCCAUCGCCGGCAACGUGCUGAUGCAUUUCCCCUCCAACCUGGUGACGCAGAUGGUCCGCGCCGGCUUCAUGAUGUCGGUGGCCGUGGGCUUCCCCAUGAUGAUUCUGCCCUGCCGGCAGGCCUUGAACACGCUGCUCUUUGAGCAGCAGCAAAAGGACGGGACCUUUGCCGCUGGGGGCUACAUGCCACCUCUGCGUUUCAAGGCUCUGACCCUCUCGGUUGUGUUCGGAACCAUGGUCGGCGGAAUCAUGAUCCCGAACGUGGAGACCAUCCUGGGUCUCACGGGUGCCACGAUGGGGAGCCUCAUCUGCUUCAUCUGCCCGGCCCUGAUCUACAGGAAAGUCCACAAGAACACACUCUCCUCCCAGGUGGUGCUCUGGGUCGGCCUGGGCAUCCUGGUGGUCAGCACACACACCACCCUGUCCGUAAGCGAGGAGACCCCUGUCAACCUGGACUUGGCAAAGGAAGCCCCUGGCGGCCAGCUCAGAGCGGCCGACGGGGAGACGAAGGCGGAGGUGGCCCGGCUCCCAGGCACGCGGCUCUCAGGCCAGAAAGCAGGGGUGGCCGUGGCUGAGGACGGCCGGGAUAAGCCGAAGCUGCCACCUGAGAAAGAUGAGAUGGAGCAGGCCCAGAUUAAGGGUCCCGAGAACGUGCCGCAGAGGGAAGGCGCCAAGGAGAAGCAGGAGGAGGUGCAGCUGGACCGCCCCGCGCAAGGUGUGGCGGUGCCUGUGGGCGAGGCCCACCGCCACGAGCCCCCAGUCCCUCAUGACAAGGUGGUGGUGGACGAAGGUCAAGACCGGGAAGGACCGGAGGAGGAUGUGCGUUCGUCUAAACACGUGGCUGAGAAGGCUCCGGGGGACAAGGGUCAGAUGGUGCCACCUCUGCCAGAUUCAAAGAGAGAGCGACCUGGACAGGACCAGGCCUUGGAGGCAGUGGGCGCUCUUCCCCAAGAUCCCCAGAAGGUUCCAGAAGGAAACGGUCAGCCAGCCGUGGAGCCCGUGAAGGAAGACUUGGAGCUAGGCAACAGGGGUCUGCAUCCUGGGCCCCAGGCAGAGCUCCCAGAGGGGCAGGAGUCCCUGGGGGCAGGCGCAGGGGAGAGAGCAGCCGGCAUCCCGGGCCACGCCGCAAGGGCCGUGGGCGAGCCCGCGGAGAGCGAGCCUGGUGGGAAGUUGGCCCCCGGGGCCGGGCAGCCCGCGGAGCUGAGAGGGCAGAGGGACUCGGAGGGCCCGGGCGGAGACCACGCCGGCAGCAGGCUGGAGGAAGCUGGCAGGGCAGAGAUGCUGGACCACGCCGUCCUGCUGCAAGUGAUCAAGGAGCAGCAGGUGCAGCAGAAGCGCCUCCUGGACCAGCAGGAGAAGCUGCUCGCGGUGAUCGAGGAGCAGCACAAGGAGAUCCGCCAGCAGAGGCAGGAUGGCGAGGAUGUGGACGCACAGCCUGAGCCGGGGGUGGCUGUGUCCAAGAGUAAGGAGCAGGAGGCCCGCGACGGAGGGCUGGCGGAGCACCCCCUGCAGCCUUUGGAGCCUGAGCUCGGCGCUCCCGGGCGGCCCCCCUCUCCACCCCCCGGACAUGACCAGCGCGCCUUGGAGGAACCUGAGGCAGCUGCAGGCGGAGCCCCACCCGGUCCUCCCGGUGGUGGAGGUGGUGGUGGUGGUGGUGUGGACACGGAGCCCCAGGCAGCCCAGGCCAAGCCCAGGGAAGGGUGGCAGGGCACUGAGCCCAAGGAGGCGGGCGUGCAGGAGCGGGCCCCCGAGCCAGGCCUCGCCGGGGCACCUGGGGGGCCAGAGAAGCCUGAUGCUGGGGACUCUGCCAGGCAAAGUCAGGACAAUUUUGGUGGAGGCUCCCACGAGAGGAGGAAACCCAGAAAGGAGGUGGCAGCCGCUGGUGCUGCCGUUCAGGAGGCAGGCGCCCUAGAAGGGGGUGUGGAGAGACCCCAGCAAGUGGGCCAAGACCAGGACCCUGCAGGCCUGUCCCGCAGGCUGGGCGCAGCAGCCCCUCAGGCCCAGGCUGUGUUACAUCACCCUGAACACCCAGCUGUCUCUGUUGGAGGUCAGGGAGGUCACCCCGAGGCGAGAAAGGAGGCCCUCGGUGGGGACCACCUGGGCGGGGACAACGAACUCGCUCCCAGAGAGGACGCUCCUGUCCCAGAGCCUGAACAGAGACCAAACCCUGAGCUUGGGCCCAAACAGCCCAUCCCUGGGGCGCAGAAGCCGGACCUUGCCAAACCCAACCGCGACCUGAAAGUCCAGGCCGGCUCCGACCUGCGGAGGCGGCGGCGGGAUGUGGCUCCUCGUGCAGACGGAGGCCUGGCCUCUGACGAUGGCGUCAUCAUCAGCUUCAACUCCCUGCCCGAUGUGCAGGUCAAUGACCUCCGCAGCGCCCUGGACACCCAGCUCCGCCAGGCCGCAGGGGGCGCUUUGCAUGUGGUCCACAGCCGCCAGAUCAAACAAUUGCCUGGGAUCCCGGAGGAGGCCUGAGUGCCUGCAAGUGGCCACCAUCCUCCUGGUCGGCUGGCCUCACGCAGCCAUGCCCAGGCUGCUGGCGAACCUGGAGCACAGUGAGCACUGCAUCCCGGAGGUCACACUGAGUACGGGUCCGAAAGCCCUGUCUCACUGUGACAUCCUUCCAGGGGUGGUCUGUGCUGUCACUGAUGCCUCUUCGCUUGUCCAGGUGGCUCAGCUCACUGGCCACCCAAGACCCUACGGAGAUGUGGCGUCAGCUAUGGUCUUGUCUGCAACCCGCCAUCUGCAUAUUGUGACACAGGUGGGUCCUGUGAGGCUGUGGCAGCAGGAUGCGUGAUGGCGGCUGGUGCCUCUGCGUGCCGACUCGUCCCAGCACGUGGCUGCCGACACCGGCCCUGGCCACAGGUCCCGUUACUGCAGGCUUUAUGUUGCUCGCGUUCUCUGAGUGUUGUAGAAAAGCUCAAUAAACAGUCUGCCUUCGCCCUGCUGCUCACAGCACAUACUGCUUCCUGCCUCAGGGGCCGGGCUCGAACAGCAAGUCUGUCACUGGGCAUCAGAGAGCUGCCCUGGUGCCCUUGCAAUGGGGCUCUGCUCCACGCUGUGGUUCCCCGGAGUAUCACGAGAUCUUAAAAUAAAAAAUGCCACGCUA